AUGUUCCUAGUAGCGUUCGUGCGCCGCGUGUGGCGGGGCCUCGGCUGCUCCCAGCUCCCUGGGGCCCUUUCAGAAGCCCUAUCGGUGCCUACAGACUCCCCACUGAUGGCUCUGCGGCUCCUGCUCCAGCUCGCCCUGCUCGGACUUGGCACCACCAGGCCCUUGGUCCGGGGCCGCAGCUUCCACGCACCAGCGGUUGCCUGGCCAUCUUUCUUCAACCUCAACUCACCCCUGGAAGUUCAUGAAACCAUCCAGAUUCCCAGCAACGGGAGCGCGCCCCUGCGCGUGGAUGUGCAGGUGUUCGUGACAAACGUGUUCAACGUGGACAUCCUUCGGUACACGGUGUCCUCCGUGCUGCUGCUCCGGCUGUCCUGGCUGGACACGCGCCUGGCCUGGAACGCGAGUGUGCACCCACGGCACGCGCUUACACUGCCCUGGGACUCACUGUGGACACCGGAACUCACUAUCCAGGAGGCGCUCUGGGUGGACUGGCAGGACCAGACCCCACAGGCCCAAGUGGACCAAGAUGGCCACGUCGAGCUCUAUCUGGCCCUCACCACGGAGACCAACUGUGACUUCGAGCUCCUCCACUUCCCCAGAGACCAGAGCAACUGCACCCUCAGCUUCUACGCCCUCAGCAACACGGUGAUGGAGUUGGAGUUCCAGGCCCACGUGGUGAACGAGAUCGUGAGUGUCAAGAGGGAGUAUGUACUUCGGGAUUUGAAAACCCAGGUCCCGCCCAGGCAGCUGGUGCCCUGCUUCCAGGUGAAGCUGCACCUACAGAACACAGCACUGAAGGCCAUCCUGGCCCUGUUGGUCCCCGGGGAGGCGCUGCUGUUGGCUGACAUGUGUGGGGGGCUGCUGCCCCUGCGGGCCCCGGAGCGCAUGGCCUACAAGGUGACCCUGCUGCUGGGCUACCUCGUCUUCCACUCCUCCCUGGUGCAGGUCCUGCCCAGCUCCUCCUCCUGCAACCCACUGCUCAGUAAGCCCUGUGCCCUCCCCUGGCCCCGGGCAGGGCCACACUGCCCAGCCUUUCCCUCUGCUCAGCUCCGAGCCCUGGAGGCACAGGCCUGGCCCCUGACUUGGCCCCGCCCCUCCCCAGUUCACUACUUCACCAUCCAGCUGCUGCUGCUCUUCGUCAGCACCGUGGAGACAGUGCUGUUGGCGGGGCUCCUGGCCCGGGACCGCCUCAGGGCCAAGCGCAGCCCUGGCCCAGCCCCGAGAGGGGAGCAGCAAGCUCACGAGGAGGCAGGGCCGAAUCCUGAAGAGGCCCCCGGAGGCGCGGGGUCAUGGAGGAGCUGGGCCGAGGCUGCCGACCACACCUUCUUCCUGCUCUACGUGGCAGGGGUGGUGUGCAGCCAGCUCAUCUUCAUCGGACUCUGGAUGUGGGCGACGUGCAAAUCUGACCCAGCCCCUGGCGAGGCCGUUCCCCACGGGGGGCAGCCGAGGCCAUAA